AUUUAUGAACAAAAGCGCGGGCUACGAUCAUACCAUAAGUAAACAUUACUAUUUAGUAUUUACACUUUACUUGUUAGUACCAUAUGUUAAAGGUAUUCAUCUUAACUUAAAGUUGUACCUAGUAGUUUGAACUACUACAUCUGUUCGUUUUUCAAUUGAAAUAGUAUAAUAUUCAAUAACAACUAAUUUCUUCUAACAUGCUUCAACCAGUAAUGCACGUACUAAAACAAAAACAUAUUAUCUUAGCUAGUGGCUCUCCAAGACGAAAAGAGCUAAUAGAAAAUAUUGGUUUAAAAGUGAAGUUGUGCCCAUCUUUAUUUAAAGAGGAUUUGGAUCCUGCAAAUUUUGAAAAUUUCUCAAAGUUUGUUGAAGAGACGGCUUUACAAAAAGUCUUAGAGGUUGAUAAUCGGCUCCAAAUAGAGGGUGCAGCACCUGAUGUUAUUAUUGGUGCAGAUACCAUGGUGACACUUGAUGGUAAAAUGUUUGGCAAGCCAGCUUCCCCAGAAGAAGCUUUUGAUAUGUUAUCAAAGCUCUCUGGACGAGGUCACACAGUAUACACAGGCGUGGUUGUCAAAUCAUUAGAGAAAACAGUUAAAUUUACUGAAAAAACUGAUGUCUACUUUGGUAAAUUAGAUGAUGAACAAAUCCGAGGUUAUAUUGCAACUGGUGAACCAAUGGACAAAGCCGGUGGUUAUGGUAUCCAAGGAGUUGGUGGUACUUUUGUAGAGCGGGUGGAAGGUGAUUACUUUACUGUUGUCGGCUUGCCCCUUUACAGACUUUGCUCUAUACUCUAUGACAUGUUUAAAGAGGUUAAAUAGGUGCAAGUCUUUAUUUUUAUAUAAUGAACUAUAUACCAAAAAUGUUACCACUAAAGAAUGUGUUAGACAAUUUAUUAAUUUGUUCCUGUAAAUGUUGUUUUUUUUGUAAAUAAAGUUUAUCCAGCGUUUGUUUCUUUA